UGGUAGAGCUUGAAACUCGUCGGCUUCACUGAAGCCAGUAGCAGCUAACAGGAAAUUGGUUUUGGUCCAGUCGAGAAGACGUUGCAAGCAAAUUGACAACAUAACAGUUAACCCUAAGUGAUCGCUCAUCUACUGGUGGAAAAUAUGGAGGAAUACCAUCCUGGUGACGAGGUGGCCUUUAACCCUGAUGAAGCAAGUAACUGCGUGAAAGAGUGUAUCGAGGGGAUCAUUGGAGGUGUAGACUACAGUCAGAACAAAGUGAACCAGUGGACAGCCACCAUCGUGGAGCAUUCCCUCACACAGCUCGUUAAGCAGGGGAAGCCCUUCAAGUACAUUGUGAACUGUGCUGUCAUGCAGAAGAGUGGGGCUGGUCUUCACACAGCCAGUUCCUGUUAUUGGGACACAACAACUGAUGGCAGCUGCACGGUGAGGUGGGAGAACCGCACCAUGUACUGCGUGGUCAGUGUGUUCGCCGUGGCCGUGACACUCUAACUGACCUCGCCUGCCUUCACACAAGCCUGAGAGCAGCCGAGGCCAGCGUGCACACGGACACAAGGGGAGCAAACGCCAACGAUCCCAACAGUUUGCUGUUCAGCUGAACAAUGUUCAGUGUCUCUGGUGGCACCCCAAAGAUGGACAUGCAGAGCAACCCCCCCCCCCCCAGAUGAUGUCAUCUCUCUUGUGCAUCCGUGGCAACUGACCGUACAGUCCAUGCUAUUGCUGCCGUGUUUCUCUUCAUGCUAGUGUACAGUAACCAUAGCAGUUAUUAUUGAAAUUAUGGGGUGUGUUGAAGUUAUGCAGACUCCUUGCUUAGCACAUAUGCGAUGGCCAACAUGUAUAUUACUUUAAUGGAUGGAUUUAUUUCUUGUUUAAGUGUAGCUUGUGUUAUUGUUAUUUUAAGAUAGUUUAGGUGCAGGGAGAGGUAAGGUGCAAAAUUAAUUUAUUCACAAAUCUUCCCUUACUUUAACUCAUGUAACGUAAACCUUUGUGAAAUAUUAACUGCACAAAUUCUUGAGUAAAAAAAUGCAACAUUUUAUUGAGAAAAUUGAUGGACUACAAAACAUAGAAGAUUCCACUGCCCCAACGCAUUUUUUUUUUUGCCUUUAGAAAUGUAUGUAUUUACCUGAAACAUGAUUGAAAAACUGUUUGGUUUGUAAACAAACUCAUCAUGUCAAACUGAGCUCCAGUGACAGUAUGUAAAAUAAAAAAUUCAAGAUAUCUAUUAA